AUGACCUUCAUGCUCCGCCCUCAAAGGAUGUAUCCGUCUCAUUCGUCGCAUGAAUCCGUCCGGUACUGGAAUGCCGGAUGGUUCUAUGUAAAGAACAUCCAGGUUCCGGGCGUCCAUGAGGGGCUUCCCAAGUUCAUCAACAAGCCCCCGGAAGACUUAGCCAACUGGAGCUUCGUCCCCGCCCUCGCCCAGAGCCAAAAAGUUCCGGCUUCACGGGUCAACACCCAGAAGCCGAUUACGAAGUAUCUGAAAAUGUCUCCGGCCGUGGGCCCGAUUACUCCGACACCUCCAAGUACCUCCAUCCCAGCUCCUCACUCCACUCCGCCUGAGGCUCAGCCCUCUCCCGAUCCAGCUGCCCAAGCUCAACCGGAGAUCAUUCCCGUGAGCGGCGAGAAGGGAGGCGGAAGCUGUUUUGCUACUAAGCAAACUGCUCCAGAGGAACCGCAAGAAAAGAUCCCAGAAGAAGCGGAAGUGACCUCCAACGAUAAGGCUGAAGCUCCGGCUAAGGAUGCCGUCGCAUUUCCGGACAACUUCGGUGAUCCAUCAAACCUGUACUCCACUCCGAAGGCUUAUUCACAUAAAUUCUUCCAUAAGCUGACGGAAGCGGAAAAGUGGGAGCUUGAGCAAGAUCUGUUGAACUCCAUGCUGAGCAAUGCUUGGGGCAAAGCUGAUGUUGAUUCUUCCGAGAUUCAACUCCACAAGAAGGAAAUCAGUGACUUCUUCGAUCAGCUGCUCGUCAAGCGCAAGGAACAACAUGCGCUGCAUUAUGAACUGUACAAGAACAUCUCCCUACAGCGUCGCGUCACCUUGGGCCAGGCGGAUGACAUCGAGGCGCAAAAAGAAAAAAAUGCGGAUCUGGAAAAGCAGCUGGCGGAAGCCCAAGGUGCAUCCUCUUCCCUUGCCAUUGCAUCCUCCGAGCUUGAGAACCUGCGCUCCUCUUAUAAAGAUUUAGAGACAAAGCUCAUGGAGGCGGAUCAGAAGCGAGAAUAUGCAGAGAAGCAGCUGGCGGAGAAGAAUUCUGAGCUCCUUAAAAAAGAGGCUAAUUUUGUGAGCAAGCGAAAGGUUGACAGCGACACACUGCAGAAACUGCAAAGAAAAAUCCAUGGGCUCCGGAACUACAUGAACACUACGGAGAAAGGCUGGGACCUUCUCAACACAGAUGUCAUGGAGCCGCUUGGAUACGACGAAGAGCACCGCAACCAGUUUCCGCACGAUGAUCUGAUCCGGCUAGCCGAAGAAGACUGCAACGAUCUGAUCUUCGCGUGUCGGAAGAUCUGCUACAACUUGUCAAUUAAAGAUAGUAGGACCUGCAAUGUUCGGGAUCUUGUCAAAAGAAUGGAUGCCCUCCCGGAAUUGGUUGUUGAUCUUCAGGCCUCAUCUGCCAGGGGCGCUGCCCAAAUGUCUUUGGCUAUGUGCCUUGCGCGUGCUGCGCAUCUGGACAUCGAUCUUACCACUAGCGGAGUUCCUCCGGAUGCCAAUGUAGACGCAUUAUUAAAUGCAUGCAGUGGUUACGAUACCCGGAUUACGCGCUGCAUUGGUCACGACGAAUUUUAUGACAAGGUGGUGCUUCCUGCUGAUGAAGCCCUUGAAGCAGAAUAUGUCAAGGAGCGAGAAGCGGAGGCACGUCCUAUCGGAUCCGACGACGAUAGCCAGUUUACCUGGACCAGUUCCAAAGACAAAUCCAAGGGAGGCGCCGCUUCUCUGACAGAAGAAAUUGAGGAUGAUGAUGAUGAAGGUGCUGUUUCUUCUCCGGCCAAAGAAGCAGAAGAUGAACAGGCACAAAAUGAAGAUGAAGCUCGCUCUUCCCCGGCUAAGGAGAAGUAG